GCUCAGUUCCAGCUUCCACGCGAGGCUGACUCUGGCUGGCUGCAGACGUACCGAGCUCGGCCUAUUUUUAGGCGACCGACGGAACAUCGGCCGCUUCUUCUUCUCGGAGCACUUCCUUCCCUUCUCUGCGCCGCGGGCCGCUUUAUUUUUCUCCGGCCCCCUCUUUCCCUUGGGCGCCCUUCGGAGUGUUUAUAACUUUUGCAGGCGCACCAGCAGAACAUUUCGCUGGGCCCCGCGAAAGCAACCAAUAUGGCGCACAGAGCGAGGUUGCGCUCCGGAGGCUAUUGGGGUCCAUUGCGGCAAAACCCCUCCGGAGCCCGAGGGUUGCGACAGCACGCUGAUCCGUCGCUCGAUUGAUUGUCGCCCCCCGUUUCGACGGGAGCCGACGGGUGCACAUGUGACCCGUUCGGGCAGUCAUACAUUCCUGAUCUCGUUGAUGGCUUAACUUUCUGUGGAAAUCAAGAGGUGAUCAUCUUUCGGACCUCAUCCGAGAUUCGGGAAUCUAUAUCGUCUUUUCGCAUUACGCGCCUUCGUUGUGGUGGUGCGGCGGAUGCGGAGGCCCGGUGACUCGAACUGGUGCGACCACCGAGGCUUCGAAAAGAUAGGCGUAUCGAAAGCGGAUAUACUCCGGAGCCAAGUCCGGCAGCGUCAUGGGCUGCUGCGCUUCUGCUCUUCACUCCGGUUCCUAUGUCACUCGAGAAGGCACCGGCUGCGGUCCUGUGCCUUCCGACAGUCUCGACGCUCCCCCUCAACCCGGCCAAGCUAAGUCGGAAGCUGGCCAGGAGCCGCCUCAUGCCCGAGAGGAGUGCAAGCCAGAUGUCGCCCGCGUGGGUCCCGAGAAACCGCCUCCCGAUUCCCGACCCCCUGAACCGAUCCCCGGAAGAACAAGCCACGAACCGGGGACCCCCGUCGACCAGGACGUCGCCAAACGGCCGGGAGAUGGCGCGCCCGAUGCGCCGCCGAGGUCCGCGCUCACCAAGAAGCCGUCUAAGCUGGAAUCGGCCAAGGAGGACGUGCUGGGCGUCUUCGAGUCCAUGAAGAAGAACGUGGGCGCGGCCAAGGAAGCCUUCUUCGAGAAACCCGGCAAGACGGACCAGCCGAAGCCCGCUUCUCCGAAAUCUACAGAGCCCAAGACCCCAGAUGUGCCCGAGGUCAAAAAAACCGAAGACGAAAAGGGUAAGACCGAAUCGUUCCUGCAGAAGCUUCGCUUCGGAAAAUCGGAAGAUCAGAAGUCCAAAGAGAAGAGCAGUCCGGAAGCCGUGUCCAGUUCUGCCGAGACGGAGAAGCAGCCGAGCGGAAGCCCCGUCCCCCAGUUUGGUCAGAACGUGUCCGCCUUGGCCGAGACGCCGGGAUUGCUGAGGGAAAAGGCACAAGGCGCGCUCGACGCUGGCAAGACAAACGUUGAGUUGAUGUCUAAACAGGCACACGACGCGACAGUCUCCUUGAAGCAGACGUCUCAAGACGUUUUCGAUGCCGGUCGUGUUGAAGCCGAAUCUCUGAAACAGAAAUCUCAGCACGUGCUAGACGUUGGUAAAGCUGAGGCUGACGCUCUAAAGCAAAAAUCUCAAGAGGCGGUUGAUGCGGGUAAAGUACAAGCUGAAUCGCUGAAGCAGAAGCCUCAGGAGGUGGUUGACGCUACUAAGGCCCAGGUUGAAUCGCUGAAGCAAACGACCGAACAGUCACUAGAAUCCAUAAAGCAGCAAGUGCUCGAUGCUGGCCAAGCUCAGGCUGAGUCCCUUAAACACAAGUCUGUAGAGGCAUUUGACGCUGGUAAGGCUCAGGCCGAGUUUUUAAAACAGAAGUCCUGCGAUGUGGUUGAGGCAGGGAAAGGGAAAGCUGAGGGUCUAAAGCAAACAAGUCAGGAGGCAGUUGAUUUUGGGAAGAAUACACUGGGCUCGUUACACCAGAAAUCACUGCAAGCGGCUGAAGCAACGAAAGAAAAAACAGAAAAUCUGAAGCAAAGCUCUCAAGACACUAUUGAUGCUGGGAAGUCACAAGCAGCGUCCGUUCUUCAGCAGGUACAGAUGUCGGUGGUGACUGCUGCUGACCAGUUAAAAAUGAAAUCCCAGGAAGCACUUGAGGCGGGAAAACAGCAGGCCCAGAUGGUUGACCAGAAGUCUCGAGAGGUUGUGGUCACAGGCAAGACCAACGUGGAAGACCUUAAGCACAGCGCUCAAGAGGCAGUAUUAGCUGCGAAAUCAAAAGCACUAGAGACAGCCGAUUCUGCGAAGGAAAAGGCACACGAAACUGCCGAUGCCACAAAAGUCAAAGCUGAAGAUAUGAAACAGAAAGCUCAAGACGCUUUGUACACCGAAAAAUCGAAAGCUGAACAAGCAAUUCAGGAUGCUGUUGACGCUGGAAAAACGAAAGCUGGCUUCUUUACAGAUAAAUCUGCGGAAACCUUGGACGCUAGCCAUGUAAAGAUUGGCGCGUUCAUUCAAGAACUUACACCGACUGUUCUGGCAGCAACGGAUGGCGCGAAACAGGCUUCCCAAGAAGUUGUCGAUAUCGGAAAAUCCGACGUAGCCUUCCUAAAUCAGAAAUCGGUGGACGCAGCCAGUGUUCUUCGGGAGAUGUCCAAGGAUGCCGCCGCAACAACGGGAAAAACAGCAGACUCACUGACGGACAGAGCGAAGGAAACCUACGACAUUGGAAAACAAAAAGUCGAUACAUUUCUUCAACAAGUAAAACCGGCUGUUGUCGGGGCUUCGGAUACAGUAAAACAAAGGUCUCAGGAUGCAUUCGACACCGGUAAAUCAAUGGCCGAUUCUUACGCGCAGCAAAUAAAGGCUUUUAUGUUCGACGAGUCUGACGCUGCAAAGAAGUCUCCGCCUGAUGUUUCCGCAGACGAGAAGGGUGCACGAGCGCUCGGCGCCGAGGAGGAGCCGGCGGGGACGCUACUGGAUCAGGUAAAAUUUGCCGCGCUGAGUUCACAGGCAGCUCUGGAACUCGCGUACCGCGACCCACUUGGACGUGAGAACAAAGACGAAGCGACGAAGGGCGCUUCCAGGACCGAGGUGUUAGGAUCACCCGAAACGGCUGCAUUUCAAGCCGGGAAAGAGAAGUCCUUCGAUGGAUUCGGGAAAAAACCUUCGGAGUGCCUGCAGACCGAUUCGCAAGAAAUGUUCGAUUCGGCCAAAUCCCAGGCUGAGUUGCUCGUUGAUCAUGUCAUCUCGUCCGUCGUUGGGGCAUCGGAAUCCCUGAAGCAUGCCUCCGAAGACGCGUUCGGGAGUGACAAGGAGAAGAUUGAGUUUCUAAAGGAAAGAGCUCAACAAGAGUUCGAAUCUGGCAAGAGCAAAACGAACACCGAACACGCUAAUCAGCAGGUGAGCUCGGCCACGCGACUGGAGUUCGAAGGGGCCGGCGGCGAGCAGCCCAAGCCCUCCGAGCUGCUGCUUCUGCACGUGGAGCAAGGGGACAGGCGGAGCUUGAGCCCCAAGCUGGAGGACAUCGAGACGGCCGUGGUGAAGAUCCAGGCCGGAGUCCGGGGAUACCUUACCAGGAAGAACCUGCACGAGCGGUCGCCCCAGCCGCAGCACGACGACUCGGAGUACCAGACGGCGGACGCGGACCAGAGCGAGGCGAGCGGGGAGUCUGACCCUUCGAGCACCGCCGCCGCGGCCACCAAGAUCCAGGCGGCCUUCAGGGGAUACAGGGUACGCAAGGAGCUCAAGCCCGACAACGGACCCAGCGGGCUGCACAAGGAGGAGCGGGAGCUCGUUGAAUCGCGCUGAGCCCAGCCUUGGAACACUGCCGGGAAGGCAGCGCGGGUCCUAGUCAAGGCCCCCAAAAAUUAUUGUCGAGCAUCUCGUUUGUCGCAGGGUGUGUACUGUGCCUUAGAGCUGACGAUAACGCGUGCCGUUCAAUUUUGACCCAUUUUAAUUUUUUUUUUUUUAAUCUUUGAGGUAUAUUAGGACAGCGUGUGUCCACAAAAGUCAAUCUAGGGACGCAAGUGUAGGCUUUUUUACAACGCGUUCAUGUUACGCUGUGCCUUGCGUAGUUCUUACUUUUUAUUUUUUUUUUUCAAAUGUUACUUCGGACGUUUAUAACGUAAUUUCCGACGGCUUAUAUUCAAUGACAAAAAUAAUAAUUGUUGCGAGACUUAAGAUAAAAGAAAAACAGUAAAGAACGAAAUAGUAACUUGUGAUUUGCACCGAGUGUACACAGCCCAUGGUAUUGGCCCAUGAUUUGUCUUUGUGUGCUUUAACCGGUAGAAAAAGAAAAACUAAUUUUGAUAUGUAUAUAUAUAUAUUUGCGUAUUAAAAACGACAUCUUUUGUCUUCGA